GCCUGCUAUUAGUUGAACGAUUAAGUUAAUGAGUUAACGAUGUAUUUGUCUUAAUAUUUUCAACUGUACUGAGACUGUUCGAUCCUCAUCUACACUACUCUUGCUUGAAAAACAUCCUAACCGAUUGUCCAUGACAAGGAGUUGAUGCCGUGUGCUUUGGGUUCCAUAGUGUGAGGAGCUCCAGUCUCCACCCCCUGCCAUUUGAUCAACAAUCAUCAACCUCAUCCCUGUAAAAGCCAUUCGAUGUGCUGGUAAUGACCUGAAUCACACCUCUAUUCACCCUCUAUUCACCCUCUAUUCACCCUCUACCCUCUAUCCUUUCUCUCCUCCUACCGACUCUAUACCGAUACUGCCUCCCAUGCAGAAUCAAGCCCUUCCCGAAAGCCUCCAAGCAGGCGGCGGCGUGCCCCCCGCGCCGCAGUCUCGUCCACCACCCUCCCACGCCCACAGCAUGCCGCUCGCGCUGGACCAGAUCCGACCGCGUGCCAACAGCGAGAAUCAUGACAUCAGCAUGGGGAGUACCUACCGCGAGAACGUGACUCCUGGGAACUGUAGCUAUGUCGCGCCCUGGCCGAUAUUCGCGUUCGAUUGGUGCAAGUGGACGGUGCAUGGUGGAAGCACCCCUGGUGGAGGAGCCGGUGGGCUGGGAAGCGCGGGAAAGAUGGCAAUUGGGAGUUACUUGGAAGAUCCGCAUAAUUUCAUCCAAAUCCUUGACACUCAGAUUAACCAGCAAGACAUGAAUACAUCGGGAGGGGUACCUUAUGGCGUUGAAUAUGUCAAAGUCGCUGAGGCGACGUGCUCAUACCCCGUCACCCGCAUACUGUGGGAACCGCCUUCGGCAUCGAAACAGUCGGAUCUCCUCGCAACAGCAGGCGACCAUCUACGGUUAUGGUCACUACCGAAUUCCUCCCAAGCAAGCUCCCAGACCCUCUCGAACAGCAUUAAUCGAACGUCCACCGCCAACCAGCGCGGUCCGCCCACGGCGAAGCUAACCCCGCUCGCUCUCCUCUCGAACUCCAAAACACCGGAACACACGGCUCCCUUAACCAGCCUUGACUGGAACCAGGUCUCCCCGAAGCUCAUCAUCACCAGCAGUAUCGAUACCACAUGCACCAUCUGGGACAUACCGACGCUUACCGCCAAGACCCAACUCAUCGCUCACGACAAGGAGGUCUUUGACGUCCGUUUCUGCGCUGGCAGCGUCGAUGUCUUCGUCUCCUGCGGUGCAGACGGCAGCGUCCGCAUGUUUGACCUCCGCAGCCUCGAGCAUUCUACCAUCAUCUACGAACCGGCCGAGAAACCCGACCCAUCAAAAGACACCCCUCCCACCCCCUCCCGAAACUCCCCAACCAAAACGCCCGCCACCACCUCAUCCAGCGCCACCUCCCACACCCUCACCACCCCCCCACCCCUCCUCCGCCUCGCCUCUUCCCCGCACGACGCCCACCUCCUCGCCACCUUCGCCGCCGACUCCCCCAUCGUCCGCAUCCUCGACGUCCGCCAACCCGGCCAAGCCCUCCUCGAGCUCCGCGGCCACUCCGCCGCCGUCAACGCCGUCGAAUGGGCCCCCAGCCGCCGCGGCGUCCUCGUCACCGGCGCCGACGAUUGCCAGGUGCUCGGUUGGGAUCUGCUCGGCGGGAGCGGCGCUGCGUUGGAUGGGCCGGCACAGGGAGGGAACGUCGCGGCGAAGGGGCCGAUGAGUGCGUGGAAGUGUGAUUAUGAGGUGUCGAAUUUGAGUUGGGCGCCGCAUAGUUCGUUGACGGGGCAUGGGGGGGAGUGGGUGGGUGUGGUUGGUGGACGAGGGGUGUGGGGAGUCAAGCUGUGA